AUGAAUGUUAAUUACGAUUAUCAAGACCAAUCGUUUAAACCAUGCGAACAGUCCUAUGAUGUUAUAAUAAUUGGCAGCGGUAUAGCUGGUUCAUCUUUUGCAAUAAGGAUGUCUCAGUUAUUUGAUUCUGUUUCAACGUUUAAAAAAAUCCUAAUUAUCGAAGAAAAACCCAAGAAUCUUAAAACAUUUAAAGUUGGUGAAUCGUUACCUGGUGAGGCCAAACCCGUGCUUCAUUCGUUAGGCGUUCUUGAAAAAGUAAAUAAUGACACUAUUCAAGGAAAGCAUCUCUUUUGCUAUGGCAACAAUUCUGUAUGGGGAUCUGAUAAUUUAAACGCUACAGACUCAAUAUUUAAUCCAUAUGGAAAUGGGUUCCAUUUGGAUCGAUUAUUAUUUGAGGAAACUUUAUUGAAAACUAUAGAAUCGCGAUAUGAACACGUUGUCAAAGUUAUUCAUGGGUUUAGUGUUACUAGGAGUGAUUUCGCAGAAGAUAAAAAAUUUUGGGAAAUUACAAUUUCGAAGUAUUCAAGUCUGAACGAUGAUGGAUGCGAGAUGCAAAAAAAAGUUUAUGGAAAAAUUUUAGUUGAUGCAAGUGGUCGCCGUUGUUGCAUUAGGAAAUAUAUACCAUCUUUAAAACGUCAGUCGUUUGAUAAAUUACUAGCUUUUGCCUGCCUAUUUGAAUCUGCCCAUUUAAAUGGAUUGAAGGACAAUGAUUGUCACACUUUAAUAGAAUCUUGUUACUAUGGCUGGAUUCAAACAAGUCGACUUCCCAACAAUCAACGUAUUGUUAUUUUUUUUACAGAUGAUGAUUUGGUCAAACAACUUCCUCGGAAAAUAAGAGCGGUUGAUGAAUUUGUUGAGUUCUUGAGAGAGAACUCGUUUAAUCUUAAUAAAAUUUUGAAAGAGUUUGACUAUGCACCGAUUAAAAAUAGGGUUAUGUGUAUGGCCGCAAAUUCCGAAAUGCUUUCAGAAUUUGCAUCAAUCAAAAACCAGUGGAUUGCGAUUGGUGAUAGUGCAAUCUCAUUUGAUCCACUUUCAUCUCAGGGAAUUCUAACAGCUCUAUAUAACUCAAAGUUUGGCGCUGAAGCUACAUUUUUUCAAUUCUUUUAUGAGAAAAGACCAAAAGAAUCAGGAAGCAAGAGCAACAAGAAUAUUGAUGAUAAUAUUAAACCACUUGAUAUUUACAUACAUAAACUUACCCAAGUAUUAAAUAACUACAAAGAAGAAAAAAAUUACUUUUACAAUAAGGAACAAAGAUGGGCCGAUA